AUGGUGAACCCAAGGAGACCCCGCCCUACACUGGAUACCAUCUCUCUCCCCAACCCCGUCGUGGGCAAGCUCAUGUCGCCCGCCCCAAGACCUACCGUCGCCAUAAGCAUAGUUGGUGCCUAUCGCUUCAAGAACAUGUCUCGCACUCCUCGCGCUUUUACAGACCUUAGAGUCCCGCGCUGGUUGGGCUUCAUGGCCAGUAGCCGUCCCUCAGAGGCUCCUCAUCAGAGUAUUCUCCUUCCUUCGUCCAGUCCCGAGGAUGAACCUCUUCUCUCGUCCGGUCCCCAGGUCGUUCCCCUUCGGGCCUCAUCGCCGACACUGGUUGGCACCAGUCAUGCUAGCAUCGACUCUGUCGAGUUAGGAACGGCCAUCCUUAGACAAGGGAUCAAUUUAGCUGGCAGAAACAGCAACAUGGACGAAGAGGACGAGUCCGGUACUGAGGACGUUGACCUUGCGGCGUCAUCACCUACACUGGCUGGCACCAGUUAUGCCAGCACCGGCUCUUUUCAGUCGGAAAUGACGGCUGUGGCACAAGGGACGAUCUUGCGUGGCAGCAACGAUAACAUGGACGAAGAGGACACCAGCUAUGCCAGCACCGGCUCUUUCCAGUCAGGAAUGACCACUUUGGCACAGGGAACCAUCUUGCUUGGCAGCAAUGAUGACAUAGACGAAGAGGACGCGUCCGGCCCCGAGGAGAUCCCCCUCCCAGCUUCGUCGCCGUCGCUGAGUGGCACCAGCUUCGCGACCAGUUACGCUAGCACCGGCUCUUUGGAGUCGGUAGCGACCAUCAUGGCACAAGGGACUAUACUGCCUGGCAACAAUAACAAGGAGGAAGAGGGCAAUUCUUCCACUGCGGUAGUUGACCGCAGCAAUGAUCCCAGAUUCAGAUCACCCGAGGCCUACCUUGGUCUCCCCACUAAUGAGAUUGUUGAAGGACCCAAAGACACCUACUUUUUGCAUCCCCGGCAUAAGGCUACGAAGGAAUCCACUGACUUUCCAUUCUUCAUGUUCAACGCGAUCAGGUACCCAGCAAAAUCACUCAACAAAGCAGCAGCAGAAGCCUUUCCCUGGAAGCACGUCGAGACCAUCAGAGCUCCCUGGGUUAACAACGGCAAACUCCUGCAACACGACGACUCUCUCGGUCACGCUGUUGAGCAGCCCUGUGACGACAUCUCCAAACUCGACAAAACCAAGCUUUUCGGCUUCAUCCACGAGAUUGACGGCUGGCUCGACUAUCAGCACGAAGACGUCAAGCGCUACGCCAAUUACCUAAAGGAUAUCCAGACCGAACUGGACGCCAUUCGCGCCAGGGCCGAAGAACUAGUGUUAGACAAAGUGAACCUCGACAAGGAACUCUCCGGGCUCAAGCACAAGAUCAACCGCAACCGCGGCCUGAACGUCCUAGUCGGCACCCAAAGACGUGACGUCGAGGCUAAGAUCUACCAAAUCGAAAUGUAUCAGGAGGACAACGCCGCAGAGCUUCGCCAGCUCCUACAGAAAUACCACGAGCUGAUGGCUGAGUACAACCGCACCGUCAUCAUGGCUCUCCACAUGGACAGCAUGGACAUCUCGAACUUUAAAGGCACCGAUGAGAAGCGCAAGGCCGAGGAGAAGAAGAAACAGGAAGAGGAGAAGCGUCUGUUCGACUUUAUCAAACUCCAUCGCCAAAAGAAGGUAGAGGAGGAGGAGUGUUUCCAGCUCCAGAUUGAGCAAUCCACCGCCGCCAAGACCCGCAAAGAUAAGGGCAAGGCAAAGGCCGUCGACUCCGACACCGACUACCCCUUCCCUACCACCACCACCGCUAACCAGGCCGAUGAGGCCAACUACCUCCUCGCCGACGAAGAUAUCUACAACGCCGAACCUCGUCGCCCCUCUGCCAAAGAUAAAGGCAAGGGCAAGGCCACCACCUCUGCCACAGGCACCACAGCCGCCAACAUCGACCCCUUCUCCUCAACCCCAAGCUACAUCACCGCCGCCGCCGAUCCCAACUCCUCAUCCGCCACCGCCGCCGCCGACGAUUCUAUCCUCGAGAACGUCCGCCUCCCCCAGCCCCAAACCCUCGCCGAAGCCGGCGCCCUAGUCAACCCGCACCCUCUCGUCCCGCAGAACGUGCCGAGCUGGUUCACCAUCUUCGACGCCCAACAGCUGGUGUCCCUCCGCUCCGCCCGCCCCCGCGAGCGCUUCGAUGAGUUCAUGGUCAAGUUUUCCGAGCUCUACCAGAAGGCCGAAGACGAGAAGAAGGCUGGCGGUGCCGCCACGAAGAAAAAGCCCGCGCCCGAGAUCUUCCCCGAGUUCCACGGCCCCCACCGCGAGUGGCCCACGGCCAUCAAGCGCGAGCGCGGCGGCUGGUGGCUUUGCCGCCCUGCGGAGGACCCCGCGGCUACACACCCCGAAAGGGCCUGCAGGCUGUGCAAGGCCGCGCGGGCGCAGGCUGCUCGCGAGGAGAGGGAGAGGGCUCGUCGCGGGGUUUUUCCCGCCCCUGCUCAGGAGGAGGACCGCCGCACUGCCCAGCAGCAGUAUGAUGAAAUCAACACGGCGAUGAACGUGGCCAUGGCGCAGGCGCACGUGGAUGAUGCAAAGUGGCUGAGGGAGCAGCAGAGGAGGGAGGACGAGGAGAAGGAGAGGGUUCGGAAGUGGAAGGGGAUGAGUUUUGAGGAGAAGAGGGACCUUGGGUUCCACUAG